AUGUCAGCCACGGAUGCCAAAAUCGCUACGCUCAAGUCCCAUAUCGUCCAGAGCGCGUCCUCUUCCAGGCCCAGGGAUGACAACGCCUCCGACCUCGAUGACGAGGAGCUCUUUGCUCAGCUUGAAGAGGAACUCGAGAACGACUCCAAUGCAGAGCUCAGAGAGCAUGGAAUCAAGCGGCUUCAGCGAGAAAUGCAGCAAUUGCAGCAGAUGAAGUCCAGUGGACAUGGACGCUACGACGAACUUACUGACGAGAAGGAAGUUAUCCGGACGAGUGCCAAUGAACCACGAUGUAUCAUCCAUUUUUAUCAUAGUAAGUUCAAGCGCUGUGAAAUAAUGGACAAGCAUCUCGCUAAACUAGCGCCAAAGUACUUCGGUACACGCUUCCUCCGCGUGUUUGUUGAGAACGUGCCAUGGCUAGUGGAGAAGCUAGCGAUUCAGGUGCUCCCAUGCGUCGUCUGUUUCAUGGACGGUGUAACGAAAGAUCGGCUCGUCGGUUUCGAGGAGUUGGGUAACAAUGACGAAUUCGAGACCGCCACCAUGGAAUGGCGUCUGUUAAAUUGCGGUAAACACUGUCCUGUAUCGGAUGCGUGGCAGCACUAA